UAUGGGGGGAGGCAAAGCUAAGGUCAUUUAAAGGCCUAUCGCCUUUCUAGGUUUCUGUUCACUUCCUUUCUUACUCAAAGGCUGAUACUAUUGUUGUUAUUUCAUUUAAUUAUUUACUUACUUUUUGGCACCAAUAACUGUGUUAAUGUACUUUGGCUGCAACUGCUCCUUAAAAUUUUGUUGUUCUUGUCUUCGCCUUUACCUACAUUUCCGCUUGCUUUUCAGUUGGAAGAGUAAUUAAUCAUAUGGGAAAUCAUUUAACUCUCCAAUUUUCAGCAGCACAUCUUUUGCUUUCCUUUAUAUUUUAUGAGGUUUCUCUGGAAAACCUGACAAUCUAACACUGUAAUUCUUUUCGCAUUCCUUUUAAUUGUUCCUGGUUUCUAUAGCUCUUCAUAUUGUUUGCUCUCUUAGCCUGUUAGUAGAAGCCUAUUUUCUCAAACACUAGUUGGCCAUGAAGAACCCCAUUGUCACAAUUAAGAAUUUUCUUCUUCUGUUCUCCCUUGUUGGGUUGUUAGUUCUGUGCAAAUGUCAAGAGGAUCACUUCUUUUCGAUGGCACCAAUGGAGAAGAGAGAGCAAGAGGCCCUGUAUUCUGCUAUUCAAGGAUUUGUGGGGAAGUGGUGGAAUGGCUCGGAUCUCUACCCAGACCCUUGCGGAUGGUCACCUAUUCAGGGAGUUUAUUGUGAUCUCUUUGAUGGCUUUUGGCAUGUCACCGUUUUAAACAUUGGUCUAGUUUUUGACAACUCUCUCCAGUGUAGCCAAGAUGCAAAGUUCACACAUCACCUCUUUGAGCUUACUCACUUAAGAUCUCUCUCAUUCUUCAAUUGCUUUUUCUCACCUAGACAUAACCCCAUCCGAAUUCCCUCCUCAAACUGGGAAAGACUCUCAAACAGCUUAGAAUCCUUGGGGUUCCGAUCAAACCGCGGCCUCAUUGGUACAAUUCCAACCUCUAUUGUCAGCCUUAAACAGCUCAAAUCACUAGUGCUACUGGAAAACGGCUUAACAGGAGAAUUGCCUAUAGAACUGGGCAGCUUGGUGAAUUUGAGGCAGCUUGUACUCGCUGGAAACCGGUUCACCGGUCAGAUUCCAGAAAGUUUUGGAGGGUUAACUCAGCUACUAAUAAUGGACUUAAGCAGGAAUAAUCUAUCAGGGUCACUGCCGUUGACUUUUGGGGGUAAUUUCACCUCGCUCCUAAAGCUGGACUUAAGCAGCAAUAAGUUGGAGGGAAAGCUUCCUACAGAAAUUGGAAGCCUGAAGAAUGCCACCCUAUUGGACCUUGGGAGAAAUAAUUUCUCGGGUGGGUUGAUAGAGUCACUUGAAGAAAUGGUUUCCUUAAAAGAGGUGGUGCUGUCCAACAAUCCUCUUGGGGGUGAUCUCAUGGGAGUUCAAUGGGGAAACUUGCAGGAUUUGGAAAUUUUGGAUCUUUCUAAUUUAGGUUUGACAGGAAAAAUACCAGAGUCCAUGACAGAAAUGAAAAGGUUAAGAUAUUUGGGACUUAAUGAUAACAAUCUGUCAGGAAACCUUUCUCCAAAGAUUGCAACCCUACCUAGCCUUGGUGCUCUUUACAUUAAUGGGAACAAUCUGACCGGAAAGCUUGAGUUCUCAGGAGGGUUUUAUAAGAAAAUGGGGAGACGGUUCAGAGCUUGGAACAAUUCGAAUCUUUGCUAUCAGGCUGAAAUGAUCUCGUCAUUAAGCCAUGUUCCUAAUGGGGUGAAAUCUUUAAAUGGCGACGAUGGCUGGAUUGCACCAAAGCAUGACAAUCAAAUCUACAACAAGUGGGCAUCCAGUAACAGGUUCAAGGUUGAUGACACCAUCCAUUUUAAGUACAAGAAAGACUCGGUUUUGGUGGUGACGCAAGAAGAGUAUGACAAGUGCCAGCCCUCUCAUCCUCAAUUCUUCUCCAACAAUGGCGACACUGUCUUCAAAUUGGACCGAGCCGGUUUAUUCUAUUUCAUGAGUGGGGUAACCGGGCACUGCCAGAAAGGGCAGAAGAUGAUCAUCAAAGUGUUGGAGCCAGACACUCCACCGCAAUCCCAGAACCAGAACAGCACCACCAAUACACCAGAGCAUGAGAAGAAUGGUGCGUUUGAGGUUGCUGCUGUUUCUGCUUCAACUAUUAUGCUGCUCGUCAUGUCAGCUUUUAUAUAGCAAUUCUCUUUUUGCAUCUCUCAGCUCUUUGUGACUUCUACCUUUUUUGUUCUUUCAAUCACUUGGAUAACGUGAUCACUAGGAUUAAUGAUUUAUGAGACCUUUCGUAUUUGCUGCUAGGUGAUUAUUUUUGUGUUUUACAAAUUUGGUUUAUGUUCUAUUACAAUUAUUUUCCCUUGGCUCGUUUA